AUGAAUGGAUACUCGCUAAACGACUUGUCGGUUGUGCGUUCGCAUCUCUCGCAACUCGCAUCCCGUCCACUCCCCCCCUUCCCUGGCCCCGAACCAGACGCGAAACAAAGGCGGGAAUAUGUUGAACUCUUCCUCUCCCAAUGCUUUCCCAGAGAGAACAUCGAAGACACGAAACAGCUCCUGCGCAAGGAUGCCACAAUCAUCGCAGCCAACCUUCUCAUCAAGGGAGGAACAAGAGUAACCGCUGUCUCCCGCUUUGCAUGGGAAAUCGACAAAGUCUUUUGGGACCUUUGGUUCCUCGGGCUACCCCCUCAAUCGAAGCCUGCGUGGCCAUGGUCACGACCCCCAAUACCUAAGUUUGCAGAGUCACGUUCGAGAGUGUUUUUCAGCCUCAGACAGGAUCAUGAUCGAGAUGGUGGUCUGGACAUUAAUCGGGCGUCUGUACCGGAGGAGGGAGAAGACCAAGAGGCACCAUCUCAAACUGAGUCCACCUUGAUUCAAGUCAUGGAGUGGAAUGGUAUGCACUACCCUUUACCUGCUCCAGUCCCAUCGCUCCGUGCCCGAAGAAACGCUUGGAAGUCACUGUACCCAGGAGUGACCCCCCCUGAUCCAGACUUACCAUUCACGCUGGUUUUGCCGUCCGAAUUCGAUUUUUGGACAUUCGUCUGGGGACACGAUGGCCGUGACUUCAACAAGAUCCGAGAGCGCCUCUUGCGAGAGCGUGUCGAAGUUGCCUGGAGAUAUGACGAAAGGGUAGAGGGCAGCGAGGUGCAUGUUGAGUGUCCCAUCAAUACUGGGAAACUGCCCGAAGCAGCCCAUGCUCUGGUGGUCGGGCCUGUUGUUCCUCAAGCUGUGGCUCGCGGUGAACUCUUGUCAAACAGUUGCAACGCCAUCAAUUCGGAAGGCGUCGGUAGGGUCUGGGCCGACAUAAGAACUUGA